AUGGGCGCCGUGUUGGGCUUCGAGACCUGGGAUAACGGGAUCUACUACUACGUCCACGCCGGCAAGAAGAAGUUCAAGCACAUGACUCCAUUAUCCGAACGUGCUCAGCGCAUCGUCGUCGAGGCGGCGGCCUUAUGGCAAAAGCAGACGUGCGUCCCGUUCACGCAAAUCGACGCUGAUAUGGCCGAAAAAUACUACGAAUAUUGGCAACACUACGACAUAAUGGACGAGAAGCCGCUCCCGAUGCCCGAGACGAACGUGCUGUUCACCUACCAGUCCUCGGAUCCCGGCGCGCGCACCGGGGCCGUCGCCAAUCUCGGCAAGGUGAAGCGGACUGACGAGCACCAGGUCCCCAACUCGGUGCAACUCGGCGAAUUCGCGCCACCGAUGACGGUCGUCCAUGAGUUCGGGCACACGCUCGGUCUGGCACACACGAUGAUGCGCGGCGACCGGGAGACCUACAUUCAUAUCGCAAAGGAGGAAUACGACGUGGGAGACGACCGAAACUUCAACACUCAGCGAUCAUUCAAAGGCGAUUAUUUCAAGGCGCUCGACACGCCGUACGACUUUGGCAGCACGAUGCACUACUCGGAGAUGGCUUUCGCCCGCGGCCACAGGCGCACGAUCGUGGCGCGGCCGAAGUACGAGGUGUACCGCGACACGAUGGGCAGCGCCUACCUCAGCUUCUACGACGUGUACCUUGUCAACAGGCUGUACAAGUGCAAUGAAAAGUGCCCACCACGGCCACCAAAUGAGCAAUGCCAGAAUGGCGGCUACCCGAAUCCGAGUCAACCGGGGUGUGGAGGCGAUUGCUUGUGCCCGUCCGGCUUCGCCCCGCCGUACUGCCAGAUGAGGGUGAUGUCGUGCGGGCGGGUCGUCGAGAUCACGGAGGACAACCCGAAGGGAAGGGUGAAGCUUCGGCGACCGAAAGCUCGCGAGGUGCUGGACGAGGAGAGGAUCCCCAACGAUGGGUACGUCGUCUCGAAUGACCGGCGGACUACGUGCAACUACUUCCUUACGGCUCCCAAGGGCCGACGCAUCAAGUUGACGAUGGACGUCGUGUCGACGGAGGAGCAAAACGAUUCGAACAAGGGCUGCCGGAAUUCGGCGCUGCAGAUUAAGAUCACGUCCGACCAUCGGCAGACCGGGGUCGCCUUCUGCCACGCUCAUCAGUCAGGCACAGUGCUCGUCACCGAGGGCCACAUCGUUCCGAUGCUCAUGUUCACCACCGUCCACGCCCUCUGGGCCCACUUCACCUACGAAUUAACGGACGAGCCGCCCACGCUGACCGUUGCCGAUUUUGAGCACUCAACCUCCACCUAUUCGCAUGACGAGCCCGCGCCGUCGCUAGACGAAAUGGACCCGUCCGGCGAAUUCCGGAAAGCCGACUACUUUGACGACCGGGGAUGGCAGGACGUGCUGGAGGACUAUCUGAAUGAGGGCUACGAACCGCGCCCCCUCUUCGGCCUCAUCUUCAUCGCCGUCGUCGCCUACUACCUUUUU